AGGCUCCGCCUAGGCUCCUCCGCUGACUCCCGCCAGCGUCGCUGAGACUCUGGUUGGGUAGCGAGCCUCGGAGCCGGGAAGGAUGCGGCGCCCGCGGCGGCCCGGGGGUUCCGGGGGCUCUGGGGGCCUCCGGCUGCUGGUCUGUCUGCUGCUGCUGAGCGGCCGUCCUGGGGGCUGCAGUGCCAUCAGUGCCCACGGCUGUCUGUUUGACCGCAGACUCUGCUCACACCUGGAAGUCUGUAUUCAGGAUGGCUUGUUUGGACAGUGCCAGGCAGGAGCGGGGCAGGCACGGCCCCUUUUGCAAGUCACCUCCCCUGUUCUCCAGCGCUUACAAGGUGUGCUCCGGCAACUCAUGUCCCAAGGCUUGUCAUGGCAUGAUGACCUCACCCAGCAUGUGAUCUCCCAGGAGAUGGAGCGAAUCCCCAGGCUUCGUCCCCCAGAGCCCCAUCUGAGGGACCGGUCUGGUUUGGUGCCCAGGAGACCAGGCCCUGCUGUGGAGUUGCUCUCUCAAGGCAAUCCCACUGGCUCCUCUCCUGUUGCCCAGGGGCUCCCUCGGCCUCCAGGGGGUGGGAAUGGAGCUGGGGUGGGCUCCCCGCUGUCCUCUCUGCAGGCUGAGCUGUUGCCCCCUCUCUUGGAGCAUCUGCUAAUGCCCCCACCGCCUCCCCACCCCGCUCUGACUUAUGAACCUGCACUGCUACAGCCUUACCUCUUCCACCAGUUUGGUUCCCGAGAUGGCUCCCGAGGAUCAGAGAGCUCCCCAGGGGUGGCUGGCGUUAGCCACCUGCCCAAGGCUGAAGCUAACACUCUCUUCAGCAGAAGUGCUUCCAAGGCCAUUUUGGGGGCUCACUCUGGCCACUCCUUCGGGGACCUUCCAGGCCCCUCACCUGCUCAGCUUUUCCAGGAUUCAGGGAUGCUCUACAUGGCCCAAGAGUUGCCAAUGGCUGGCAGGACCAGGAUGCCAAGGCUGCCAGAGCAAGGGGGCAGCAUCCAGGCAGAGGAUUCCUCAGAGGGCUAUGAGGAGGAAGUACUAGGGGGUCGUGGGGAGAAGGCCCCUCCCCAAGCAGUACAGCCAGCAGAUGUAAGUCUGCAGAGAUUGGCUGCUGUACUGGCAGGCUAUGGAGUGGAACUGCGUCAGCUGACACCGGAGCAGCUUUCUACUCUCCUGACCCUACUGCAGUUACUGCCCAAGGGCACAGGAAGAAAUCUUGGAGGGGCUGUAAAUGUCGGAGCUGAUGUCAAGAAAACACCAGAAGACCACGUGCAGAGGGCAGACACAGCAGAGCCUCGGCCCCCCACACCCUGGCUUCCUGGACACCCCACAGGCAGCCCCACUUUCGGUGAAGUUCAGCAGGUGCUGAGCCCUGCCUUCCCUGAGCCUCUCCAAACAGCCAGACCUCCAGGAGUCUCGUCUGUCCUUCUGGAAAAGAAAAGUCCCUUAGGCCAGAGCCAGCCCACAGUGGUGGGACAGCCUGCAGCUCCACCUGCAGCGGCCGAGGAGUAUGGUUAUAUAGUCACUGACCAGAAGCCCUUGAGUCUGGUGGCUGGAGUGAAGCUGCUGGAGAUCCUGGCUGAGCACGUGCAUAUGUCCUCGGGCAGCUUCAUCAACAUCAGCGUGGUGGGACCAGCUGUCACCUUCCGAAUCCGGCACAAUGAGCAGAACCUGUCUUUGGCAGAUGUGACCCAACAAGCUGGGCUGGUGAAGUCUGAACUGGAAGCGCAGACAGGGCUCCAAAUUUUGCAGACGGGGGUAGGACAGAGGGAGGAGGCCGCUGCAGUCCUUCCCCGACAGACCCAUGGCAUAUCUCCCAUGCGCUCAGUGCUGCUUACUCUGGUGGCCCUGGCAGGUGUCGCUGGGCUGCUAGUGGCUUUGGCAGUAGCCCUGUGUAUGCGCCAUCAUUCCAGACAACGGGAGAAGGAGCGCCUGGCAGCGCUGGGGCCAGAGGGGGCCCAUGGUGACACUACUUUUGAGUACCAGGACCUGUGUCGCCAGCACAUGGCCACCAAGUCUCUGUUCAACCGGGCAGAGGGUCAGCCAGAGCCUUCGAGGGUGAGCAGUGUGUCCUCCCAGUUCAGCGAUGCGGCCCAAGCCAGCCCCAGUUCCCACAGCAGCACGCCGUCCUGGUGCGAGGAACCUGCCCAGGCCAACAUGGACAUCUCCACAGGACACAUGAUUCUGGCAUACAUGGAAGACCACCUUCGGAACCGGGACCGGUUGGCCAAGGAGUGGCAGGCCCUGUGUGCCUACCAAGCAGAGCCAAACACCUGUGCCACGGCACAGGAUGAGGGCAACAUCAAGAAGAACCGCCAUCCCGACUACCUACCCUAUGACCAUGCCCGGAUCAAGCUGAAAGCGGAGAGCAGCCCUUCUCGGAGUGACUACAUCAACGCCAGCCCCAUCAUCGAGCACGACCCUCGGAUGCCAGCCUACAUAGCCACGCAGGGACCGCUGCCCCACACCAUUGCAGACUUCUGGCAGAUGGUGUGGGAGAGUGGCUGCACUGUCAUUGUCAUGCUGACCCCAUUGGUGGAGGACGGUGUCAAACAGUGUGACCGCUAUUGGCCAGAUGAAGGCUCCUCCCUCUACCACGUCUAUGAGGUGAACCUGGUGUCGGAGCACAUCUGGUGCGAGGACUUCUUGGUGCGGAGCUUCUACCUUAAGAACGUGCAGACCCAGGAGACGCGCACGCUCACUCAGUUCCACUUUCUCAGCUGGCCGGCAGAGGGCACUCCGGCCUCCACCCGGCCGCUGCUGGAUUUCCGCCGGAAGGUGAACAAGUGCUACAGAGGCCGCUCCUGCCCCAUCAUAGUGCACUGCAGUGACGGUGCAGGGAGGACAGGCACCUACAUCCUUAUUGACAUGGUACUGAAUCGCAUGGCCAAAGGAGUGAAGGAGAUUGACAUUGCUGCCACCCUGGAGCAUGUCCGUGACCAGCGGCCUGGCCUUGUCCGCUCUAAGGAGCAGUUUGAGUUUGCGCUGACAGCUGUGGCCGAAGAGGUGAAUGCCAUUCUCAAGGCCCUGCCCCAGUGAGCCCCCGGGGGGUCACCUCAGUGGGCAUCCUGGCCUCUGCUCCUUCUGCCUGCGUGAGCAUUUGUGCACCCACUCUUCAGCCCCUACCCAUCCGGCGCCUUGGCCCGUCUUGGGCAGGGUGGCCCUUCCCAACCCAGUGUAGAAAAA